AUGCCGAGCAACGAUAUCUCCUUCGAUACAAAUGGCCUCUACAUUUUCCUAUCAGACAUCGGCGAGGUGUCCCAGUAUCACUGGGGUUUCUAUCUUGCACUCAGUCCAGAACAUGGCACUAUAUUCCACACAAUCAACAGCCGUGAAACGGGUGAUCGAUGGCAAUUCCAAACAAAAACAAACACCGGUAUCCCAUAUUCCAAAACCUUGCUUGUUGCUCUCAAAAUUGCUAUCAUGGACCCAUGUCUACAUGGUCCUCUAGCGGAUCGACUUGCAGCUGUCCCUGUCAUAUCACCUGUUACAUGUCGUCUGUGGCUCAAAAUAGCGCUGUUCGACUUGGAUAAUGAAGGAUAUAUCAAGCUUACGAAAGAGGUUGAUGAUAUUGAAAUGGAAGGGAUUAUCUGGGCGGAGCGAAGCAAGAUCAACAAUCAAAGAAUCACGGUUAGCAGUAAGGGCAGUGAGCUAUAG